CUCUUGUGGUCUCACUACCCAGCGUUCAACGGGAGGGAGUAGAGAGCCUUUUCCAAGAUGGCGGUUGCUAGUUUUCGAUUGCAGGGCUUGCUUUCUGCUGCUAAGAGUCAUUGCCGAGCUGCAGGCUUAAUUGUGCAUUUCAAAACUUCUGUCAGACCCUUUCACAGUAGCUGCAAGGCUUUUGAACAAUUGUCUUCAAAGCCACAGCCUGGUGGACAAGCCUAUGAAGAAGUCAAGUAUAUCCCUAAAAAGAAGGCCAGGAACCCCAUGAAGACAGUUGGUAUUGCUUGGGCCAUUGGUUUCCCUUCUGGCAUCAUCCUUUUCCUCCUCACUAAGCGUCAAGUGGACAAAAACCGUAUGAAACAGCUGAAAGACCGCCAGAGGAUGAAGACAUCCAACAAGGAAAAUUAUGAAAAAGAACAAUACAGGGCAACAUCGCUAGCAACAGAAGGACUUGCAGAAACAAAGUCCUAGUCUGAGCCGGAACACAAAGUUGCUGGCACCGUGCACGCCUGCCGUGCUGUUACUGCCUUCAGCCACUCGCAGAUACUUUGGUGAAUUAUCUGUACCUCUAUGGGAACUGUACAUAUAUAAUAAUUUCUCAUGUUGUCUUUGAAUGGAAUUUAAUAGAGGUUGUCAAUAAAUUCCCCACAAUCAGUAACCCUCCAACUAGAAAGCAAGUAUCUGUAGAAAAUCACAAAAGCAUCCAUUAGUCACAUGGUUCAAAAAUGAUCAAAGUCUAAUGCUUUCUUCUUGGAUGUACACAUAAUCAUCCUGGGACUCUGAAUACAGAUAUCUAGAGCAGUGGUUCCAAAACUCUUUUGGUCAUGGAAACUUUCUGAAGACAUUUUUUAAUCCGUGGAACCCUAUCUCUGAUCUUUACUAAACAUUGUGAACCCGCAACGUUCUUCCUUCUUUCACCUGCUCCUAUUGUCUGAGUGCUGUGCAUAACAUUCUAGGUUUGGAAAUAAAGAGAAAACAUUUUAAAUAUAACUUAAAUAAAGCAAUUAUCUGGUAAUAUUCCAAA